CUUCUUUAACUUUACACAAUCGUCGUUGCUCUUUCCCGAAGCGGAUCUCUUGAUCGGAGGAUCUCCAAGAGUUUCUCAUCCAGAAAAAGAGAGCGGGAGAAAAUCGCUCCCCAAUUUAUAUGGCUUCUACAAGCAGACCGAAUCCUCUCGAAGAAGAUGAUGAUGCCGAAGAAGAGGUGCAACAUUUCGAUGAUUUUACUCUAGCUUCUUCCUGGGAAAGAUUCAUUUCAGACAUUGAAGCAACUUGUCGUCAAUGGUUAGCCGAUGGUCCCAAAAACCUGGUGGAAAAGGGGGCUGUUGCAGUGGAGGAUUCCAAGAAUCUGUUUAAGGUCAAGUACGAUCUAAAAAAUGUCGCAAAGAGCUAUUGUAUGGAGUUCUACUUUCAAAUUGACAAUAAUGGUAGCCAACAAGCUGGAAUUGGUAAUUGGAACAGUAAUUCACAUGAUCUCCAGCUUUGCUUUGGGGUGAAGGAUUUUCUGUUGAUUGCUCCACAAAGUGCCAGUGGGGUGCUUCUUGAUUCACCAGAGUCUAGCAAGCUUCUGAGUUCGGUUGCUAUUGCUUUGUCUAACUGUGCCAGCUUGUGGCCAGCCUUUGUCCCUGUGCAUGACCCUUCACGCAAAGCAUAUAUUGGAAUCCAGAAUAUGGGUACUGUUUUUACUAGAAGAUUUGAAGCAGAUCGUAUUAAUAGUCAAGUCCCUGUGAAACUCAUGCACCUAGAAGGACUAUAUGAGUUGUUUGUUUCUAAGUUUGUUUAUUCAGGAGUGGAUUUCUCGAUGCAUAAUUUCAAAGUCCAUUUUAUGAUGAGGCUAACAUACCAGACCUUCCCAUAUGAGGAGGAUGAGGAAAAUGAUAUGGAUGAACUUAUGGGUGACAAAACAGACACUGCAGAACACUAUGGUUCUGAGUCACGUAACAAAUUGCACUGGGACGAUGAUUGUCCUUGGAGUGAGUGGUACUCUGCUGAAGAUCCACUUAGAGGAUUCGAAUUGGUGGUCACAUGCGCUGACAAGACUGUAGAAAACACACUUGAAAUGGCUGAACUUGAAAAUGCUUCACCCCAUGAAGCUGAGAAGUGGAUUUUACACCCAAUCCUCUCACCAUAUCUGGGUGAUCCUUCACAUGGGAAUAGAAUUGAUUUCUCUUCCCAACUACUUUGCGUGGUUGAAGCAUUGGAUAUGUCAUUCACAGCUCAGUUUAUGGAGGAUUUCGUGUCAGGGGAAAAUCCAGGCUCCGAAAAUUUGAAGACCUCAGUGGUCAUACCUCCUCCAACAGUUCUUGAUCGGGUGAUUAAAGAUCUCUUUCAUGAGGGAUCUAAGCUCCCAGAUUUUACUAAAGGCGAACACAGGCUUUCUCGAGCUCUUAAGGCUGCACCGCUUGAGUCUCUUUUUACACAAUUCUGUUUGCACUCACUGUGGUUUGGCAACUGCAAUAUCCGUGCCAUUGCCUCUCUCUGGAUAGAGUUUGUCCGCGAAGUUCGUUGGUGUUGGGAAGAGUCACAGCCGUUGCCAAAAAUGCCAGUUGAUGGUUCUAUUGAUUUGUCCACUUGUUUAAUCUACCAGAAGUUGCACCUGCUUGCAAUUUGCAUUGAAAAAAAGCGUGAAAUGAAUGAAGAGUUCCUAGACUGUAUAGGAAGUGAAGACAGUUCAGACGCUUCUGUUUCUGUGGAGGAACACCAGAAGGUCGACAAGAGAAGAAAUACAUCCUCAGAAGCAGAUCUGCAGAGGAAACGUGACAGUUCAAUCGCAGAAGAUACAUCUAAUCGACUCAGAUUUGAGAGGAAAACUGAAAGCACAAAUUCUGUGAACCAAAGCCCAACACAUGCCAUCAGAAGGGGUUCAGCUGGACCAGCGGGGACCAUGAUGCUCCUGAAGUCACAUCAGCGACUCCAUGCCCCAUUUACACAGGAUCCACCUCUUAUGACUGAAGACAUGCAUGAAGAAAGACUCCAGGCUGUUGAGGCGUUUGGUGAUUCCCUUAACGUUCCUGGCCAGUUGGAGAAAGACAUCUUAUUAUCUGACAUGUCAGCAUUCAAAGCAGCAAACCCGGAUGCCGUGUUUGAGGACUUUAUAAGAUGGCAUUCACCUGGAGAUUGGGACAGUUCUGAGCCUGAAGCCGCUGAACCAUCGGGAGGCUCCAUCACUGAAGGCUCGAAGGAUAAAUGGCCUCCUCGUGGCCGCCUUUCUCAACGGAUGUCUGAUCAAGGAAACCUCUGGAGGAAAAGUUGGAACGAUGCACCUGCUUUGCCAGCCGAUGACCAAAAGCCCCUCCUAGACCCAAACCGAGAGGGAGAAAAGAUUCUUCAUUACCUGGAAACAGUGCGGCCUCAUCAGCUUCUUGAGCAAAUGGUCUGUACAGCCUUCAGAGGAUCAGCCGACACUCUUAACCAGACAAACUUCGGGGACAUGAAACAAAUGACCUCUAAAUUGGAGCAACUCUACCUCAUCACCAAAUCUACUUUGGGGGCUCUACAACGAAAUAAUCUUCCGGAUAGAGCAGAGACCAUCAAAGACCUGAGACGUCUCUGUGUGGUCUUUGAACACGUCGAGAAGUUGGUAACGGUCGCAGCGUCUCUUCACAGAAAGUUCCUGGAUGCAUCACGCCUUGCUCAAGUUAUAUUCAGCGACUUCUACGGCAUUUAUGUUCCAUUGAUGGGAAUAAACUCAAAUGACGAAGAGAACAAAAGCAGGACGGAGAUGGAAGUAGGUAGACAGGAAGUGACUCCGAGAGAGAGACAAGUGGUGUCGAAUCUGUUCUCGCCGCCAUCAGCGAACCAGUCAUGGAGAAAAGUGUUGAGCAUGGGAAAUCUUCUAAACGGACACGAACCCAUUCUCAGGGAGAUCAUUUUCUCCACCGGAGACGAUGUCAACAACGGAAUCCAUUACGCGGCGGCUGCUGACGUGGCGGCCACCAGUGACCGGAGGAGAGAAGAAAUCGAGACGCACCGAAUGUACGUCUCUGGAACAUCGAACGAUCUCCGCGUUGCGCUCUCUGUUACUUCCUGCGAUUGAUUCUUUUUCAUUUUGAUUUAACCGUACGAUAUAACGCAUUUGUUCUCUAACAGAAAAUUAACAAAUGAACAAAUUUCUGUAAGCAACAAUUUUUUUGCUUGAUGUGUAUUAAUUCAGACGAUAAAUAAAGCUAUCUCAUAGA